CUGACAUCAUCCUGGCCGCAGGCGAGAGCGAUCAAACACUACUCACAUCGAAUAAACCCACAUCUGAGUGGGAUUGAUCGCAUUGAGCGUCGGGCAGUCGACUGCCCGCUAAAGCUUAAAAGCGGGAGGGCACCUCACCACGCCCAACGACCAAAUGUCCGCACCCACGAGGAUACCGCGCUGUCGCUGUCGCUGUCGCUGUCCCUUGCACGGCCACACGGUGCGAACGGCGUCGAAACCAUGGCGACACGCAGCAGCAGCAAUCAGCCAGCAGCGGCAACCAUGCGCAUAUCCACCUUCACCGUUACUGGCACUGCAUCUCUCGACGACCGCCUCACGGGCUCUUCCCCGACCAUCCCCGUGCAGGAAAGCCGUACCGACUCUCCAUGACUCCAACAUUCGACAAGAACCGCUCCCCGCGGUCUGGUUCACCGCGCACCGCCCGCUAUUAUCCCACGACCCGACUGACAAGCCGCCCGACCCCAGAAAAGUCAAGCUCGGGAAGACCCUGCGCAUCCUACAAGAGCGCCUGCCCACGCUCCUCCAGACGCCGCUCCCGCAGGAGGUGCUCUCGCCGCACAUCACGCUGCACCUGUUCCCGUCGACGCACCCGCACCUGCCGACCGUGACCGGCCGCGUGGCCUACAUCGCCGCGCUGUGGUCGAGCCCGAUCGCGUGGAACCGCGUGCCGCUGGUCGGCAACGUCCGCCUCGAGAUCCUGUCGGCCCGCAUGGUCGACCACCCCGGCGCCUGCGGCGAGCAGCUGGUCGUGCGGUGGCGCACGGUUGGCGGCGGCGGGCGCAUCGGGAAGAAGGGCCUGUUGGGGUUUGGAGCGGGGGCCGGUGAUGGGGAUAGCGCCGAAACCGAGGUGAAGGCGCCAGUUGGCAUGGCACAGCCCGUGGGGGCGAGCGACAAGGAGUUCACGGGGCUGUUUAUCUUCGAUUUUGACAGCGAGGGGCGCAUCCUGAGCCACACGAUCGAGAAUGUGCAGGAGGGCGGCCAGUGGGAGAAGGGCGUCGGCGCCAAGGUGGUCGGUCUGACGGACUGGUUGUUGGGCGGCAUCAAGGGCGGCGAUGCCCCCUGUCCUGCGUUUGCGAGGGCUCGCUUCCGCAAGGGGAGGUCAUGA